GCUGGCCACAAAUUGACAAAAAUGAAUGCGGCUACGCAGAAUGCGCACUACUCUUAUCGGCACUUUCCUAAGCAAAUUCACAAGGCUUUUGCGCAACAGGAAGUGGCGAAACCGCCUCCCGGCCGCAACGUCGCAUUUCGCGAACCUAUAGCAGAUCCGACACAUCUAUACACCCCCCUCGCGACCGACUCGCAAAGCGGAACCCCCAUCGGUACCCCAGCGACGACACCCUUUACACCGGCUAUCGGCGGCAUGCUGCCGCUGCCUGCUGUUACGCCGAUGGUUGGGUAUGCUCCGACCCUCGCGCCGCCGACGCCGUACCCUUCGACGAUCCCUCUGAGCGCACAGGUCGCCGCUCCUGCGACAUCUAAUAUGGCACCCGCGCCCGCGCCCGACAUUUCUGCCCCUCUUCAUCCCCCUCGCGCUCCUUCUCCUCGGCCUGUGGCGCCGGCGGCGCCUCCCACGAACGCGAGAGAGGCGGUCACGGGCGGAAAGCCUCCCGCGGCGAAUGCUGAAGGCCAGUCCAAGGCAGCCUUCAACAUCUACACUCUCGACAUGCUACCUUGCCUUCCGGCGAGAGGCAUCGCCCGCGACCCGAAGUGGAAGGGCGCGAGCGCGGAGAAGAUCAACGUCCUGAUGCCGGUAGACCUUCUCAGUUGCUGGCUCAUCCUGUACAACGCUCAGCGCCUCAAGGAGGUGCACUUUUGGCACGUCCGCGGAAACGACAGCGGGCGAAAGUUCCCAAAGCUGGAAGUGCGAUUCCUCGAGUCCUUCCACGUCCACAAUAACGAGGCGUGGCUGGCGAAUCUGCUGGAUUCCCUUCGCACUGCAAAUUUGAAGCAUCUCGAAGUAUACUACGCUAUUGGCUGUGGUCCGCGAUUCAUGCACGACAGGGGGGCAUAUAUCAGGCUUUUUGUCAACGCCAUUCGCAUUAUUCAUAGCGGGAUUGUGUGCAUCAGUCCCAAUCAUCCUGUCUAUGCGUUGAGGAGCUCGCGUCUGGAGGGUCACUUGGGCACACGCGUUGGUGCACUUCUCCGGAAUGCCGCCUGGACCUUCCAGGUUAGAGAUACCCGCUUGCACCGAAGUUGACGAUGAACACCGUACAUACGCUGAACGUCUGAUAUACGCAUAGUACAUGUAAUAGCUAUGGAUGAAGUGCGUUCGUGAAUUCUCUCUAUUCUACAAACCUUCCUCCCAAG